AAAGGACAGAGUUGGUUGAUGUCCAUAAAUGUCCAUAUCGAGAUUUACUCGAAUUACAUUGAUACAAUAAAUCAUUUCAGAUUCGUAUACGAAGAUGAUGGGUUGCACGAGAAAACUACUUAUAUAGGAAUGGAAGACAAUUUCUACCAUGUAAAAUUGACGUGCGCUUGUCCGUGCGAUGAAUCUACGGAAACCAAAGACUUAUCUUUUCCUUGUAAUGACCGAUUAAUAAGCGAAGGAGUAAACGUAUUGCUUAUGCGGUAUUUGGCACUUAUAAAUUAUGAUGGAACGCUAUCUCUUGAGAGUAUUACCAUGGAUGGAGACCUUGCUGUUUCUAAUUAUACAUGUACUCAAGCUGAACGUAUGGAAAUAGACGAUCAUUUUUUAAGCGUUUAUACGAUUGAGCGUAAAAUACACAAAACGGACGAAACUGUUAAUACUGUGAAAACUUAUUUGACUUCGCAAGGUAGAAUACUUCGACAUAAUUGGCUGGACGCGCCUUAUAUUUUAAAAAUUAAUCCAUUUGUCGACCCGACUGUCGCAAGUAAAACUGUAAGAGUUGAGACACCGUUAAAAGAACACUGGUCAGAAGAUAUUGAAAUGGUUUCUAAAUAUUUGGAUGCGAAAGUAAAAAAGUGGUUUUCUAAAGUGGCAGAGCAAACGGAAUACCUAGCAGACCAUCCAGAAAUAAAACAAUUGCUGGCGGAUUACACUCAAACGCUAUUAGUUGGUAAUCUCAACUGGAUAACCAUUGUACCAAUCCUUCUUAGACAGGUCAUAUUAUGUAUAUAAACACAUUUAC